UAAAAUACUUCAAAAUAUUCUUUACAUUUCCUAUUAAUACACUAGUGCAACAUUAACUGAUCACCCUGUAUAAAACCUGAAGCAAAAAUUCCAAUGAGAAAAAACAAAUAACACUAAGCCAGAGAAUCUACCUAACAGGUGUUCCUCUGUGAGCACACUGGGAAAACGCAAAAUAUUUAAAUAAACACAACUCGAGCAACAAUGUUAAUAGACACCGUUGCUGGUUGGACCGAUGAAGAUUUUUACAGCAACCGAGCGCACGAUGGUUUCGACGAUAAAUAUGACGGUCACAAUUUCAAUCCCCCGAACUACGGAGAACAAACUCGUGAGACUGGCGUGCUUGAAAACAUAGAUAAGUUCUUCUACCUCAUGGUCGGUGGCGUCUUCGUAUGUAUCGUACUAGUAAUCAUCUUCAAAUGCUGUAGUAAAGAGAAUUACGCCAGUACCUCAACUGCCGAUGGUAGGAGGCGUAGUUUUUACUACCAGAGGUCGCUGUCCACCGUGAACGGCUUUGACAGUCGGCCUACUUGCUUAAUGACAGAUGUCGCGGCAUUCAACGGCGUGACACAAUUGGACCUUCCACCGUCGUACGACGCCGCUUCGACGGACAACUCGCGAUACAAUUCCACUCAGGACCUUCGCGAUUCUGACGCCGUCUGCAGUGCGCCCGAUGACGCGGCGCCUCCCAGUUACUCUGACGUGUGUGGAACCGCUGACACAUCCGCUUCAGGUGGAUGUGAUAAUAACGAGGAUUAAUGCCGCCUACCCGUUCGCUUAUGUACAAACGUUCUGUGAUAAUCCUUUCUUACAAUGUAUUUCUGAACCAUUUAUAAGACAAUUGUACUAGUAAAUAAUGAAUCAA